UCAUAAUUCACUCUCUUGUAAAACCAAGAAAAUGAAUUCUAAAGUAUUUUUCCUUUUAUCUAUUUUAGCUUUGUUGGCUUUCUCUAAACUUACUUUAGUUUCUUGUAGAAAGGCCAAAACCAACCAUGGUUUAGAUGGAUUCACUCUUGAGCUUAUCCAUCGCGAUUCUCCUCUCUCUCCCUACUAUAACCCUUCCACCACCCCUUCACAACGCCUCCGAGAUGCAUUCCAAAGAUCUUUCUCUCGAGUAUCUUUCUACACGAAAGCUUCCAUCCAUCCCACCACACUCGUCAAUCAUGCUAUUCAAUCAGACGUCAUUCCAGAUUACGCAGAUUAUUUAAUGAAAAUUGCCAUUGGUACUCCCCCGAGGAAAACCUAUGCCAUUCUUGACACUGGGAGUGACUUGACAUGGAUACAAUGCAAGCCAUGUAAUCGUUGUUACAAGCAAAUAUUACCAAUCUUCGAUCCUAAAAAAAGCUCAACGUAUAAAACAAUUGGAUGUCAAAGUAAGGAAUGUAAGUUCGUAAGAGAGUCAACUUGUGGAAGUAAAAAUGUUUGUGAAUAUGAAGUGCAUUAUGGUGAUGGUUCUUAUAGUAUUGGUGAUGUUGCUUCUGACACAUUCACAUUUGAUUCAACUUAUUCUAAAAAGGUCAAUGAUAUUUCAAUUGAAAAUGUUAUUUUUGGUUGUGGACAUCAUAAUGGUGGCAAUUUUGGCAAUCAUAGUGCUGGGAUUGUGGGAUUAGGAUAUUCAAAUAUCUCGAUUAUUAAUCAACUUGAUAAACAAAUUAAAGGGAAAUUCUCAUAUUGUUUAGUCCCAAAUGGUGAUUUAUCACUACCUUAUCAUUCUCCUAAUACUACUAGUAAAAUUAAUUUUGGUCCUAAGGCAUUUGUAUCGGGGACUAACGUUCUUACAACUCCUAUAAUUCGAAAGAAGUCUGUUGUAUUAGGCUACGAUCUAUUCUACUUUUUAAAUCUCGAAAGUAUUAGCGUUGGAGGUAAGAAGUUAGAGUUUAAGUCUUCACAACUCAUGAGUUCUUCCGAUGUUGCUGAUGAAGAUUUGGGAAAUAUUAUAAUUGAUUCUGGGACGACAUUGACAUAUCUCCCUGAGAAUUUUUACGACAGAUUUGAAUCAAUUUUGGUGGAAACGAUUAAAGGAUCGAGGAAAAUAGCUCCCCCGGGUGUGGACCUACCCAUAUGUUAUGAGACGAAGAGCGUUGUCGAAUUCCCUAACAUUGUGUUCCAUUUCACGAAUGCUGAUGUCGAGACGUUACCUAUGAAUGCAUUUUCAAAAGUUGAUGAAGAGUUGACUUGUUUGACAAUUGUGAAGGGGGAUCUAUAUGGUAUUUAUGGAAACUUGGCACAGAUGAAUUUUCUUAUUGGAUAUGAUCUUGUAAAUCACAAGCUCACUUUUUUGCCUACUGAUUGUACCAAACACUGAUAACUUAGGAUUAUAAUAUCAUAUUUUUAAUUAAUUAAGCACUGCUACGUGAUGAAA